AUGGAUCUCGGUGAAAAUUAUAAAGACUUGUGGUCUGCGCGUUUUGCAAAGAUUGUCCGCAAACAUAACUUGACUGUGGCUAAAUCCCAGGUUGACUGGGGUGUGCUGACCACAGCAUUUUUCGAACAUUUAUCCAAAAACCAAUCGGCAACCCCUUCAGAAGCAUCAUCGACAAAAAAUACCACCACCACCAAUAAUACCACCCCGAAACUAAAAGAAGGCGACUAUAAGAAGUUUGACGCGAUGUACCAAAGUCUCAAUCGCAACACCUUUUGGACACUUAGUACUGGGACGGUGGUGGAAGAUAAAGUUAAGGAGCUUGCCAUGAAACUGUCCAACGAACACCCUAGUCAUUCAAUGAUUUUAGACACUUCUGAUCCAGUCUGGCUCGAGUAUUUCACUAAGAGUGAAUUGAAAGAAAUAGAGGAUGAAAAAAAAGUAACACUCUCAGAAUUAUCUAAAAGCAUGCAAACAUAUUUGGAUUGCUACAACGGCUUGAAAAAAUUGGAUGAACUCUGGAACGAACAUACGAAACAUAGCCUCCACCCAAUUCGUGAUGCAGACCUUUACUGGGUUCAUUCAUCAGUGAGGAAUGUGUUGGAGAUCUUGAUGCAUGGCCUGCACAAAAAAUGUAAGACCGAAGCUGAUUAUAUGAAGAGAGCAUGGUCAAUAAUUGACUGUUGUUUCGACAAUGGAGACCUUGAUGUUAUUUCAAGAAAAAUCGGUACAAAAACCGACAUUCUUUUCACCACGGAAUAUUUGGAAUUCGGCACUGUGGAAGCAGGAAAAAUAUCCGAUGUCAACAGCACAAAAACACUAUAUCAAGCAGGCAUGAAGCUGCCAAAGAACUUGAAAGAUAUGCUGUAUGAUCUUGUUCAGGAGUGUUUAAAUAUGCUUCCUAUCGUUAUGGAUUGUCCUCGUGGUUGUGUCUCAAGGAUCAAUCGUCCAGCUCGGUUUCAUCAUUAUCCAUCCACUGCAUCCGAUUUUCUGAAGAAGAUCAAGUCCAUCAUCCGAGUCAUUUACCAUACAAAAAAAACAAUGACUGACGUGUAUGAUUUAUUGAGCGAGACUGAAGAUGAAAACGAAUAUGGUUCUCAGCGACCUAUUCUUCUACCGCCAUCAUUCAUCCAAUAA